CGCCCUGCACUGUUGUUGCUGGGACGCAGGCGCCAGGCUUGUCUGUAGGUUUGUUGUUGGAGCGAUCCUUGAGCUCGCGCUUGGCAGCACGGGGAGGUGGGGUGGGGUGCAGAAUUUACUUCUAGGGAGCGCAUGAGGGACAUUCUCAACGGAAAACCAGACCUAAAGGGUAGUGACCAACCCUCCUCGAGUUACUCCCCACAGGCUCCUCCCUUGUCCGCCCCCCCUCCAGAUUUGCAUAAAAAGGGCCCAGAAAACUCUGGCUGGGCCCCAGCAGCGGCUCACUCUGCUCCCCCGGGUCGGAGCCCGCGGAGCUGCGCGCGGGUUUGCGGCGCGAAGCCGAGCAAAGGGCGCCUCGCCUGCGCUGUGCUCCCAGCGCGCCGCGUCUCGACGCUCCUGCGGCCUCUCCAAGCCGCCCCGCCGAGCCGAGCGAGCGGGCCCGGGACGAGCUCGGGCCCCCAGCCGCCUCUUGGUUCCCGGCUCCGCUCCCUCUGCCCCCCCGGGGGUCGCGCGCCCAUGAUGCCGCGAGGCCCUGGCUCGCUGCUGCUCCUCGUCCUCGCCUCGCACUGCUGCCUGGGCUCGGCGCGGGGGCUCUUCUUCGGCCAGCCCGAUUUCUCCUACAAGCGCAGCAAUUGCAAGCCCAUCCCCGCCAACCUGCAGCUGUGCCACGGCAUCGAGUACCAGAACAUGCGGCUGCCCAACCUGCUAGGCCACGAGACCAUGAAGGAGGUGCUGGAGCAGGCGGGCGCCUGGAUCCCGCUGGUCAUGAAGCAGUGCCAUCCGGACACCAAGAAGUUCCUGUGCUCGCUCUUUGCCCCCGUCUGCCUCGACGAUCUGGAUGAAACCAUCCAGCCGUGCCACUCGCUCUGCGUUCAGGUGAAGGACCGCUGCGCCCCUGUUAUGUCCGCCUUUGGCUUCCCCUGGCCGGACAUGCUGGAGUGCGACCGCUUCCCCCAGGACAACGACCUCUGCAUCCCUCUCGCCAGCAGUGAUCACCUCCUGCCGGCCACGGAGGAAGCCCCAAAGGUCUGUGAAGCCUGCAAAAAUAAAAAUGAAGAUGACAACGACAUAAUGGAAACUCUUUGUAAAAAUGAUUUUGCACUGAAGAUAAAAGUGAAGGAAAUCACCUACAUCAACAGAGACACCAAAAUCAUCCUGGAGACCAAAAGCAAGACCAUUUACAAGCUGAACGGUGUGUCCGAAAGGGACCUGAAGAAGUCGGUGCUGUGGCUCAAAGACAGCUUGCAGUGCACCUGCGAGGAGAUGAAUGACAUCAACGCGCCCUAUCUGGUCAUGGGACAGAAACUGGGCGGGGAGCUGGUGAUCACCUCGGUGAAGCGGUGGCAGAAGGGGCAGCGAGAGUUCAAACGCAUCUCCCGCAGCAUCCGCAAGCUGCAGUGCUAGUUCCGGCUGCUCCUGGCACCUCACCUCUGCCUCCUCUCCCGGACCUCAGCGCUACUCUCCCGAGCACAGUCUCCGCAGCGCCAGCCCCAGCUGGGAGCAGUUUCCCUGCCUUUUGCACGUUUGCACCCCAGCAUUUCCUGAGUUAUAUGGCCGUAGGAGGCCUCAGGAAUGGAUAGCUGUUUUCACAUAAAGGAAAAAUCCACUCAAAUCUUGUAGAAAUGUCCAAACUAAUAAAUAUUUUUAUGAAGUUUUAAAAUAGUUCACUUUAAAGAUAGUUUUUAAUAGAGGCAACUGUGACUUGGGUCUGAUUUGGCUUUUUUCCUUCAGUUUGAUUUGGGUCAACUGAUUUUCACUUUCCGCUGAGGUUGCGAUCAUGUACAAAUCGCUUCAUUUUUCUAUGUGGCCCAAAGUGUUCAGGUUGCAAACCCGGUUGAGAUAGAGCUGGCUGUUAUCUCAACAUCACCCUCAGUUCCAGACUGACUAGGCGCCUAAGUCUUAGGACAGUUCGCUGUCAUUCUACACCCUCUUGGGAAGUUCCAACCCUAGCAUGUACUGCAUUUCCAGAUCGAGAACUUCCCUUUUUAUAAAGUGCACCAUUAAGCACCAUAGCUUGAUUUCUUUGAAUAAAGGGCAAAGCCGACAAAUUUUAUAAUUGACCUCAGUACUUUAAGCUUUGUUGAAAACAUUUCUACUUAAUUUUGCAAAGUAAACCAUUGUAGCUGACCUGUAAUAUACAUAGUAGUUGACCUUUAAAGAGUUGUAAAAAUACUGCUUUAACCAACCUGUAAAUAUUUCAGAUAAACAUUAUAUUCUUGUACAUAAACUUGACCUCCUGUUUUA